GUGUGCAAGGAACCUGUAUAAAACAUGACUCCGAGGAGUGGAGGACCACAGUCGAGCCGUGGUACUCACGGCUUGAAACCAAAAUAAAAUAGUUUUUAUUUAAUUAAUUUUAUUUAGUUCUUUUUUGUUUUUUUUUUGGUAAAAAUCUUGUGUAUGCAAGAUGUCGGACGCAAAGAAGAACCUGCUGUUAUUCUUCGACCGGCCCUCGGAGCCGUGCUUCAUGCAGAAGGGGGAAGAGAAGGCUGUCUUCGAGAUCCCUGAACACUACUACCCGGAGAAGUACAAGGCACUAACCAGCACCAUCGCCAACCGUUUCGGAGAUGACGCCGGCCGCUCCAUCCCCGUGCGUAACAUCGCGCUCCCCAACCUGGCGCAGCCCAUGGAGCUGCCCUACAAUGACCAGUUCUCUCUCUUCGUGCCCAAACACAGGAGACUGGCGGGCAAGCUCAUCGACAUCUUCAUGGGUAUGCGUGACCUGGAGGACCUGCAGUCUGUGUGCUCGUACUGCCAGCUGCGCAUCAACCCGUACAUGUUCAACUACUGCCUCUCCGUCGCCAUACUGCACAGGCCCGACACCAAAGGACUGAACAUCCCGACGUUCGCGGAGACCUUCCCCGACAAGUUCAUGGACCCCAAGGUGUUCCGCAAGGCCAGGGAGGUCAGCAACGUCGUCACCUCCGGAGUCAGGAUGCCAGUAACAAUCCCGGUGAACUACACGGCGAACGACUCGGAGCCCGAGCAGCGCGUGGCGUACUUCCGCGAGGACAUCGGCAUCAACCUGCACCACUGGCACUGGCACCUGGUGUACCCGUUCGACUCCGCCGACCGGUCCAUCGUCAACAAGGACAGGCGUGGAGAGCUCUUCUAUUAUAUGCACCAGCAGAUCAUUGCUAGGUACAACAUGGAGCGCAUGUGCAACGGCCUGUCCCGCGUGGCGCGCUACCAGAACUUCCGCGACCCUAUUGAAGAGGGAUACUUCCCCAAGCUCGACUCGCAGGUCGCCAGCAGAGCCUGGCCGCCUAGGUUUGCCGGUACCACCAUCCGCGACCUGGACCGCCCCGUGGACCAGAUCCGCGCCGACGUGUCCCAGCUCGAGACCUGGAGGGACCGCUUCGUGCAGGCUGUGGAGACUCUCUCCGUCACACUGCCCAACGGUCGGCAGAUGCCUCUGGACGAGGAGCGCGGUAUCGACAUCCUGGGCAACAUGAUGGAGUCUUCCAUCAUCAGCCCCAACCGAGGGUACUACGGGGACCUCCACAACAUGGGACACGUCUUCAUCUCCUACUCACACGACCCUGACCAUCGCCAUCUGGAACAAUUCGGCGUGAUGGGAGACUCGGCGACGGCGAUGCGCGACCCCGUGUUCUACCGCUGGCACUCGUACAUCGACGACCUGUUCCAGCUCUACAAGGUCAAGCUCACCCCCUACGGGGAUGACAAGCUGGACUUCCCCGGCGUGCGCGUGUCGAGCGUGUCCCUGGAGGGCGCGGCGGGACGCAACACGCUGGGCACCUUCUGGGAGCUCAGCACCGUGGACCUCGGCCGCGGGCUCGACUUCACGCCGCGCGGCUCCGUGCUCGCCCGCUUCACGCAUCUGCAGCAUCAGGACUUCAACUACGUUAUCGAGGUGAACAACACGUCGGGCCAGUCAGUGAUGGGCACGGUCCGUAUCUUCAUGGCGCCGGUGCAGGACGAGCGCGGCGCGCCGCUGUCCUUCGACGACCAGCGCCGCUCCAUGAUCGAACUCGACAAGUUCACCGCUGGAUUACGUCCGGGUAACAACACGAUCCGCCACCGCAGCGUGGACUCGUCCGUCACCAUUCCCUACGAGAGGACCUUCCGCGACCAGUCUGCGCGUCCAGGCGACCCUGGCUCGGAGGAGGCGGCGGAGUUCGACUUCUGCGGCUGUGGAUGGCCACAUCACAUGCUGAUCGCCAAGGGCAACCAGCAAGGGUACCCCGUCGUACUCUUCGCCAUGGUCUCCAACUGGGCUGAGGACAGGGUGGAACAAGACCUGGUAGGCUCCUGCAACGACGCAGCCUCGUACUGCGGUAUCCGCGACCGCAAGUACCCGGACCGCCGCGCCAUGGGCUUCCCCUUCGACCGGCCGUCCCCCGCCCAGAGCCUGACCGACUUCCUGCGCCCCAACAUGGCCAUGCAGAACUGUUCCAUCCGGUUCACAGACACCACCAUCCCGAGGCAGCAAAGACGGUAGGUUGUGGGAGUAUCAGGAGAAGGAGUAAGGGGUAAAAGGGAAAUGUUAGUAGGAGAUCAUUAAUCUCCGUUACUCUUUAUAGAAAGUAUAGAUUGUGAAUGUAUUGUAAACAUCUUGGAAAGUUUGUCCCCCUUCUUCUAUAUUUAUUUAUUUAUAUCCAGUAACAGCAAUACAAUACGUUUAGGUACACCUUUCCUACACAGUGUAGGUAAGGCGGUAGGUAGGCAUCAAACUAUAAGGUUCUAGAUUAGCAACAUAGAUGGCGCUAUUAUACAAUAACGAAUUAAUAACUUAUUUUAGAAAAUUGACUAUAAAACAAGGCUGUUCUUACUAAUAUUGAUAAUUCAAUACAUUAGAUAAGUCUAGUUAUUUUUUAGUCAGUUAUUGUACAAGUGGUGCCAUCUAUUAGUAGUUAACUGAACUGUUGGGUGUGUAGGUCUGCCUCGGUUUCGUCCGAUUCGUCCGACUCGUCCAUAUCGUCGGCCUCGUCUGGUCAAGAUGGCCACCACAAGCCGUGUGGCUGUCCAGACGAAACUAUCACUCCUGCUGAAAUAGCAGCUAUCGUAAAGAAGCCAUAUUUUGGUGACAAGUGCAAACCUGCUAGACGUUACGAUUAUAUAUUUACACCUAAACCUAUUGAUAAAAAAUUGGAUACUUCUAAAAAAGCUUAAAGAAUAUCCUUCAUGAUAUCGUUUAAAAAAACUAAAAUCACUUGUAUUUCGAUAACAUUCACAUUGAGGCAGAUUUACAAAUCCAAACAAUAUUCCGCACUCUUAAUUGAACCAUAUUAUUCAUUAAUCAUAAUAUUGUUUUAUAAGCACUUUCUUUUUAUAUAAAUUUAAAACGUCUUUAACCAAUUUUCUGUGUGUUCUGUGUAACAAAGAAUAUUUAAACAUCUUUAGUUGGCAGUAGGGACCUUCCUUCUACCAUAUAUUCGAGACUGUUUGUUGCUAACACAGGCAAAUUCUAAGAUAUAUCCUCUUGUAUAUUAUUUAUACAGCAUUAUAAUAUUGUAUGUAUUCAUUCAACUGUCUUAUUUAUAUUGUUUGGCUGUUACUGGUACGACCUGGCAUUGACAAAGGACUCCGAUUGUAGCUGUAGGUAAUUAUCUAAGAGUAGUUGUAAGUAAACGGGUCUGUAAAUAUACUAAGUAGUUGUUAGUUCUAUUGUACAUAUUGUGUAAAUACUUGGAUUCUUGAGACUGAAUAAAUUAGCCUUUUACCAAA